AGCCGCCAGAUGGCUCUCGCUCCAGUGGGCGCAAGAUUCAAACUCAGUAGCCCGUCAGAUUUAUUUUUUGGACAAAAAUAAACAAAAAUUGGUAUCCAUCAUGGGAAAAGCGUCACUUUACCGCUUAGUGCCAGACAAAACGGUCUUCCUGCUGUGCGACAUCCAGGAAAAGUUUAGACCCGCAAUUCCGCUGAUAGAUUCUCUGAUAAAAAACACCGCUAAGCUGCUGGCAGCGGGCAAGGUUUUCCAGGUGCCAUUACUGGUCACCGAGCAGUAUCCCGAAAGGCUGGGCAAGACCGUCUGCGAGCUGGACAUCGAACAUGCCUGCCUCAAAGUGGCCAAGACCCGCUUCUCCAUGCUGGUGGACCCGGUCCGCAAAAGCAUGGCCGAUAUCUACGGUGGGAAGCCGAAGACGGCAGUGCUGUUCGGCAUGGAGACCCAUGUGUGCAUCGAACAAACUGCAUUUGAUCUGCUGAACGAAAAGAUUGAUGUUUGGUUGGUGGCCGACUGCUGUGCCUCGCGGAUUAAUCAGGAUCGUGAUUUGGCCCUGGAGCGAUUGCGUCACAUCGGUUGUAACAUCGCCAGCUCGGAGAGCAUUAUCUUCAAUUUAUUGGGAGACAAGAAUCACAAGGCCUUUAAGCAGAUUGCUCCCCUGGUUAAGGACGCUUCCGCCGAUAUGCAGCUGUGGGGACCCACGAAGAUGGCGCCAAAGAAAUGACCCUAGCGGCUUCUUUAAUCUUUGAUAUUCGGCUAGUAAAUGAUCCUGAUGUG